AUGAACGAUUUCAACAAACGUGUCAAUAGUAUUAUUGUUAAAAAUUUACCCAAAGAUUUUAAUACAAAUCAGUUGGAUAAUCUAUUUUCACAAUUUGGACAAAUCAUUUCAAGUAAAGUUUUACCAUUUACUCCAAAUUAUGAAGGUGGUUGUGGGUUUGUUAAUUUUGCUGAUGCCGACAGUUGUAAUCAAGCUGUUGAAAAGAUGAAUGAGUUUGUUGUUGAUGGAUUUACUUUACGUGUUAGUCAUUCAGCGUCACGAAAUGGAAAUAAUAACUCGGAUCGACCACAAAAUGGGUUUCGUAGUUUUGGUCAAUCAUUUAAUCGUACGACGUCAGCAACAGCUGUUAAUCCAGAAGAGACUAAUGGUACAUUAUCACCUGGUGUUAAUGCUCGAUUUUCUGGUUUUCGAUCACCAAGUGCAAAUCAGUUUAAACCAAUGACAGCUGAUAGUACACAUUCAAGUACAAAUGAAUUAAAUGGAACACCACAAUCCAAUAAACCAUUAUGGAAUAGUAAUUCUGGACAACAAACACCUUUAAUAUCAAAUAAUAAAAGUCCAUUUCAAAAUGGAACAUCAAAUGUUAAUCAACAAAUAAAUAUUCAAGAACAUGAACCAUUAGUUAUCAAUAAAACUUAUAAU